UAAAUAGAAUGAAAUCUGAGUCACUUUUCGCACUGAAAGAACAAUAGAAAAACGGAGGAUAGAGAUUAAAAAAGAGGCAAAAGAGAUAGAGAUAUGGAGGAGGAAGGAAGCCAUGGAAGUGGAAGGAAAAAGGGAGGGAUGGUCACUAUGCCCUUCAUUUUCUCAAAUGAGGUAUGCGAUAAACUGGCGGUGGUGGGUUUCAACGCGAACAUGAUAAGCUACUUGACGACCCAACUCCACAUGCCAUUAACGAAAGCAGCCAACACCGUCACCAACUUCGGUGGCACCGCCGGCCUCACGCCACUGCUCGGCGCUUUUGUCGCCGACGCCUAUGCCGGGCGCUUCUGGACCAUCACCGUCGCCUCCAUUAUCUAUGUAGUUGGAAUGACCCUUUUGACCCUAUCCGCCAUACUCCCCCAGCUGACGCCACCCCCAUGCAAGGGCGACCAAGUGUGCCAAGAAGCCAGCGCCGGCCAGCUCGCCGUCCUCUACACGGCCCUCCUGCUUGGAGCCCUCGGGUCUGGCGGGAUCCGCCCCUGCGUGGUCGCCUUCGGGGCGGACCAAUUCGAUGCUAACGACCCGAAACAGUCCACCAGGACAUGGAAGUACUUCAAUUGGUACUACUUUGUGAUGGGGGUGUCUAUACUGCUGGCGGUGACGGUGCUCGUUUAUAUUCAGGACAACAUCGGAUGGGGCUUGGGUCUCGGGAUCCCAACCAUCUUGAUGUUCUUCUCGGUCAUCACCUUAAUCGGCGGGUACCGGCUGUACCGGAUGAUGGAUCCGGCGGGCAGCCCGUUUACCCGGUUGUUGCAGGUUUGUGUAGCUUCGUUCAGGAAGAGGAGGUUAGCGAUGGUGACGGAUUCGAGAUUGUUAUACGAGAACGAAGAGCUCGAUGCCUUGAUUUCGCUCGAUGGGAAGCUUGUCCACACCAACCAUGUCACGUUCCUUGACAAAGCGGCCGUCGUCACACCGGAGGAUGAUGUGAAAUCGCCUAACUUGUGGAGGUUGAACACUGUCCAUCGUGUGGAGGAACUCAAGACGGUACUCCGGAUGGGCCCGAUAUGGGCCUCCGGCAUCCUCCUCUACACUGCCUACGCACAGCAGAGCACUUUCUCCCUCCAGCAGGCCAAGACCGUGGACCGUCACCUUGGCCGCUCCUUCCAGAUCCCCGCGGCCUCCAUGGGAGUCUUCACGAUGACCGCCAUGCUGUUCACUAUAGCUGCCUACGACCGCCUCCUAGUCCCGGUGUCCCGCCGAUUCACGGGCCUCGACCGGGGGAUCAGCUUCCUCGAGCGCAUGGGGAUCGGAUACUUCAUUUCCAUCCUGGCCACCCUCGUCGCAGGCUUCGUCGAGGUCAAGCGAAAGCACUAUGCAAAGGCCCAUGGGCUGUUGGACUCGCCCCAUGCCAUGAUACCCAUGUCGGUGUUCUGGCUCAUGCCCCAGUACGCACUCCACGGGAUCGCAGAGGCCUUCAUCUCAAUCGGGCACCUCGAGUUCUUCUACGACCAGGCCCCGGAGAGCAUGAGGAGCAGCGCGACCGCGCUGCUCUGGACAUCCAUCUCGGCCGGGAACUACUUGAGCACGUUCAUGGUCACGUUCGUGCACAAGUACAGUGCCAAGCCUGAUGGGUCCAAUUGGCUUCCCGACAGGAACCUGAACCGAGGGAAGCUCGAGUACUUCUAUUGGCUGCUGACCUUGUUGCAGGCUCUGAAUCUGGUGUACUACGUUUGUGUGGCCAAGUUCUACACGUUCAAGCCAGUCCAGAUCCACAGUGCGGUGGCUGUGAAUGGAACAGAAGAUAAAGCCGCGGUUGAGCUUGCGAAAGUCUAGUUGAUACUCGUUAUAGGAGGAGGUUAUUGGGUAGGCACAGUUCUCUAUUUGGGUCGUAUAAUGAUGUGACCUCGGGUCUCAUGUGACUGUAAAUUGUCUUUUAGGAUCGUAUUAGCAACGGUAGAAGGUCAAGGAUCCUCUGCCCGCUCGGUGCAAUUUAUGAUCCUGUAAAGACCUUGACACAUAAGGGAAGUAGAAAGAUAAUAGCCUCCAUAUUUUCUUGUG